GUGAUCCCGAAAUCCCCUUUAUUCCCGAAAGAAAAGGUUACAACUAUUAUAAAUGUAACUUAACAACUGUCUCUUUCGCUGACCUGAGCUAUUGUUUACCCCUUGCAUUCUCAUAACGUCCGAAAAUGCCACAAUUACCAAACGGCCUCGUUGCCUUUGGGCCGAGCGCGAAUUGCACACUCGACCUUUGUCCUCUCGAAGCUAGCAUUCUCCAGUAUCAGCCCUCUCUAGCCGCCAGCGGGACCUUGAUUGGCAUCUUUAGUCUGAUUCUUAUUGUACAAGCUAUCCAAGGAAUAUGGACAUGCAGCUGGGGUUUCAUGUUCAGCAUGAUCUUUGGUUGCAUUCUCGAGAUCGCUGGAUACACAGGGCGCAUAAUAAUCCACGGGAACCCAUUCGAUUUUAACGGUUUCAUAACGCAAAUCGUCUGUAUCACUGUGGCGCCCAUCUUCUUCUGUUCUGCCAUCUACGUCUUGCUGUCUCAGGUAAUCAACCGAAUAGACUCGUCCAUCUCUCGCUUCAAGCCGCAACUCAUUUACUGGAUCUUUAUUCCCGUGGAUGUUAUAUCGCUUGUUUUGCAAGCUGCUGGUGGCGCGCUUUCAAGUGUCAGUACCACCCAAGACAACGUCCAAGUCGGUGUCAACAUCUCCUUAGCGGGACUUCUCUUUCAGGUUUUCACUCUUUUCUGCUUCUGCGCCUUGUUUGUCGACUACUUAACGACCUGCAAAAAGUCCCUGUCCUGGGUCAAUGUUGACAAGCCUAUGAAGAACUUUCUAUCUUUUCUAUUUCUGUCUUUCUUUUUCAUUCUUAUGCGCUGUGUCUACCGCAUUGUUGAAUUACACGAUGGGUAUUUCAGUCACUGGUUUAGAGAUGAGACUUUGUUCAUUUGCCUAGAAUCGGCUAUUAUGUGUUUGGCGGCAACCUGUCUGACUAUCGGCCAUCCAGGGCCGGUUCUUGGCCGUACAAAAGGAACAGAUUGCCUUGGCUAUGAGUUAAAUUAAGAGUCCUGCGGACCUGAAUAGAUUGUGUACUAAAACCGCCGUUCGGGGGCAAUAUGUAACUUAGUGUACGAUAGAAUAUAGAUUACCC